AUGCGAGGAGCUAUUGUAGAGCUGUGGUUACGUCGUACUAUUAAUCGAGCAAGAAGGAAAAGCUAUGUGACAAUGGAACAAGCGAUGGAACUCAAUCGAAUUGUAGCGACCUUGCCACAAAUGUACACGAGGAUUUUUAAUUUGGCCAAUGUGCCAAUUGCUUUCAACUUGGCACAAUGCUUACAUGUGUGUUUUGUUGGAUUCUUGCUCCUCCUAGGAGCUGCAUUAGCUCCAGCUAUGGGAUUUAUGGCAUUGUUUUACGUCGGGAUUGCUGCUGUGCUGCUGUUUGCACUGGAUAAUGUAGCUUCCUCUAUCGAGUGUCCGUUUGGUGCCGGUGCAAAUGAUGUGGAUCUAGAAGCGCGUAUCUUGUGUAUUCAAGACGAGCUAAGAGUUAUUCUGCAAGCGCAUUUCCACUCGGUUGGUCAUGUGGAUUCGUUCAAGGAGCAAGAUCGUAUGGCAUCCUUGUCAUCACUUCUCUCGGUCGACGUCGAGACAUUGAAUCAUGGUCGUACGCGUCACGAGUCAGUGUCAUCUUCUUACUCAUCCAGAGAGCGUUCGUCUCAGUACGCUGCGCCGUCUUCAACGUCGGCCACUGAUCGAGCUUUUUUGCUGUCAAUCCAGCCCGAUGUGUAUGGUGCUAUCGCAGAAGCUGACGACGAGUUGGCAAGCCCUCCAGCAAUGCACGGAUCAGAUGAUCACGCGCAUAUCGCUGUUUAG